CCACUCAUUUAUGGACCAAGCUCGGGUCGCAUGCCGACUCUCGCCCGCACCGCCCACGCUGCCUCUACUCAGAUGCCCUCCAUCUGCGCCACACAUCUCUAGCCUCUCUACUGUCCGCUAUGGCUAUCCCCCGCCGGCACCGCAUGCGCGCGGCCGCCUCGCACCACCACCGCAUGCCCUCGGCCACUCACCUCGCCAUCCCACACGUAGUUGCUCCUUGCGCUUGUGGCUCGUGCGCCUCUCACCCCUUCCAUCCUGCGUGAUGCUGGCUUCCUCCCUAGCCGGCGGCGGUGCCCGCGCCUAUCCCGACGUCCUCCUCUCCUACCAUAGCAUCCUCCUUAACCACCCUGACGGCUCCUUCUCCCGUACUGGAGCAACGCGGGGCCAGGCGAGGCAGCGGCACAAGGCACAGCAGCAGCAGCACGCGGCCAGGCGCAGCAGCGACACGCGGACAGGUGCAAUAGCGGCGGCAGCAGCAGCACACAACAACAGCAGCAGCAGUAGCGCGCGGUGGCAACAGUAGUAGCAGGAGUGCAUGGCCAAGUGGGCGCUGCAUGUGCGACAGCAGCUUGCGGGGCGAACCUGCAGGUGCUGCAUGUGCGACAGCAGCAUGCGGGAGGGACGUGCAAGCGCAGCAUGUAACCAUGCAUGUAAGUGAUGGAGCGAGAGAGCGCUUGGGACGGAAAAAAAAGGCAGCCACUGAGCGUCCGGACACAUCUGACGCGACGGACGUCCGAGCGCUAGUUAUUCCCUAGAAAUAAUUAACUUUAAUUUUUUAUAAUAUCAAUAUGCUAAUAUAAUUAAAUAACAAAUUUCAUGAAUUCUUUUGAAGACACUAAAAAUCUGUAAUUCAAGUUAGUGUGGAAUUAGUUAUUGAUAUCAAGGGCUACUAUGUAU